AUGCUCCCACGGCCCCUCCCGAUCGAACUCCACGCCACGAUUUGGACGCAAAACGCCUCGCCGGACCCCGACGUGGCGGAUUCGAGCGGGAGCAACGGGCACGCGGUCUCACCGCGGAACCUGACGAGUCGUGAGGAGGGGGGGGGAGAGCACGGCCCGGACGCCGGCUCGGACCACCACGGCACCCCCGAGCAGCCCUUCUCGCGCAGGCUGGAGCAGGUCGAGGUGGAGGAGAAGCAACGCCGGCUGAGCGCGUAUCGGGCGAUCAUGGAGCGCUGGUACCGGCACCUGCAGGCCCUCCUCGGGAAAACCGACAUCGCCAUGCACGUCAUAGUUCCCGGGCCAUGCCCGAAGUUGGAGGACUUUCGCAACCUGCGGCUCUCGCCCGAAAAGUACGAGCUCACCGUUGACGAGGAGGAGGACGCCCUACGGGAGUGGUCUGACAACUGUCUGUGGUGGUGGGGUGAGAUCAAGAUGCUCAACGACAAGACCGCCUCCGCGGUGAAUGUGGCCGCCCGCGCGAACGCGCCGUUUCAGACGACCAGCUGCAGCCCCGACCACAUGACCGGGGACAGAGGGGGGGAUAUGUUUGUCGUGACUUCCUCCGAUCAUGUGGAGCCGUUGUGGUUUAACCAUCCCCCACCGUAUUUGGUUGGAGCUAAUGCGAACGGCGGUGAUGGGGACCUGCUCCUGAUGGAGACCCUUCGCGGGUCUCAACAGGGGCAGCUAAUGUUAGACGAGGACAAAUUGACGGAAGCAUGUGGGCGUCAAUUACUAAUGGAAAUCGAUGAAGACGAGGAGUAA